AUGGCUGCAAACACAGACAAUAAGAAUGAGGGAGAUAGUACGCAUGAAUUUUGCUCAAAGACACCUGAGCGCAAUGGUUAUAUGAAAACAUGUGUCGUCCCACUCUAUCAGGAGCCACACUCUGUGUUAUGGAUGAGACUAAUACUUAAUAAAAUAUGCAGUUCUCAGAUACUGUGGUCUGCAGCGUGCGUGGGCUCGCUUUCGGGUUUUCUCGCUCUGAUUGUUAAAUGUAUAGAUUGGGAGACAGAGCUCAGAAUCAGCAACAGCAGCGAUAUCACGCAGCCCGGAUCUCUCAUUCAUUUUGUCUUCGGCUGCGCGGGGGAGCUAUUGCUAAGUUGGUGGCAUCUGAUUUCGCCGCUCUUCACCCUUGUGUGUGCCUUCUUCUGGCUUGGCUUAUUUUUUAACCGCUGUGGAGUCCACAUCCAAACUUCUCUCGCGCUCCUCACCGCGUGCCACUUGGGCGAAGUAGCUGCGCGUUCUCUCUUUCACGCAGCAGAUGACCAAUUUUUCUCCUUCACGUCAGCGGUGGUUCUGCUCGCCUGCUUGGCAAGCGGUGCACUCAUGGUGGUGAGACUUCAACAAGGGAUCUCUGUCAUUGUUUUCAUUAGCCUCCUUAGGACUGUUUCGCUUAUUUCGUUGAAUAAAGUACGGGGAUCCUGGAGACCUUACUUGGCUUACCUAGUCGGCGUACUCGGGAUUCUACUGGCGAGGUAUGCUGACAGGCUCUUACCGAACCAAGGCAUUCAUAAGGAGGGUUGUACCCCCGUGACUGGGGCGAAAGAAGAGAUCCCUGUAUUUAAACGGCGACGGAGGUCUAGCUCUGUAAUAUCCUCAGACAUGGCACACAAGCAGUCCAACAGCAAGUCACACAGACGGACGUCUCUGCCAUGCAUACAAAGAGACCAGAUACUCUCCCACUCUGAAUGGGACCAUAAACGAUGGCCCAGGGGAUCUCAGUCAUCGGGCACCAGUGUAACAGUGGACAUAGCCGUGAUGGGUGAAGCCCAUGGGUUGAUCACAGACCUUCUUGCCGAUCCCUCUCUACCCCCAAACACCUGCAGUUCCCUACGGGCCGUCAGCAACCUGCUCAGCACUCAACUCACCUUCCAGCCCCUGCACCGGCCCCGUCUCAGCCUCCUCACCGCUCUCAGUGAUUCCCACACCUGCUCUGACUCUGAGGACGGGGAAAAGGGAGAGAGACUCACCAUCCCCAAGCGAUUGAGAAGGAGUUUACCUCCAGGCUUGUUACGCAGGAUCUCGUCCACAUGGACCACCACGACUUCGGCCACGGGUCUCCCCACCAUCGAGCCCGGCCCGGUACGGCGCGAUCGCAGCGCCAGCAUCAAGCCCUACCUCGAGACCCUCACCUGCAGUUGUGGCAGACCCUACAGUAAACUAAGUCAUGGUGAGGGCUCUAUGGACAGGAUACAUCGGACAGACGAUCCGGUGGUGGCGUCGUCUGAUUACGAGAGCACUCAUGAGGCUAAUCACAGUGACGGCAGUGACACAGCGCAGAAUGAAGAGGACGGCGAGGAAGGCCAAAAGACCAAAGGCACUCACAGCAGUCACAGAACACACCGCUCGCCCAGUCUCAUCCUUCAUCCACUCAUACCUCCAGAGGAUAAGCCCACACUGGCCCCUGAGCCUCUGGUUAUGAAGGACCUGGAGUCCCUGAUGAGUCAAAUCAACAACUGGAAUUUCCCUAUCUUCAGCCUGGUGGAGAAAACACAUGGCAAGUGUGGUCGCAUCCUUAGCCAGGUCUCUUACAGGCUCUUUGAGGACACAGGGCUCUUUGAAACAUUCAAGAUUCCUGUGAAAGAGUUCAUGAACUACUUCCAUGCCUUGGAGAAUGGCUACAGAGACAUUCCCUACCAUAACAGGAUCCAUGCUACAGAUGUCCUUCAUGCAGUUUGGUAUCUUACCACCCAGCCUGUGCCUGGCCUCCCAAACCUCAUGCCUGACCACAACUCGCCGAGCGACUCAGACUCAGACAGUGGCAUCACACACAGCCACAGGGGCUACCUGGUGUCUAAGACGUACCCGGUGUUUGAGGAGGGUUAUGGCUGUCUGUCAGGCCUCAUCCCUGCUCUGGAACUCAUGGCAUUGUAUGUGGCAGCGGCCAUGCACGACUAUGAUCACCCUGGGAGGACGAACGCUUUCUUAGUGGCCACCAGUGCCCCUCAGGCUGUGCUGUACAAUGACCGCUCCGUUUUGGAGAACCAUCACGCAGCAUCUGCAUGGAACCUUUUCAUGUCCCAUCCCGACUACAAUUUCUUGGUCAAUCUGGACCACGUGGAAUUUAAACGCUUCCGUUUUCUUGUGAUCGAAGCCAUCCUUGCCACAGACUUGAAGAAGCAUUUUGACUUUCUAGCGGAGUUCAAUGCCAAGGUUGGUGAUGAUGUGAGUGCGGGCAUUGACUGGUCCAAUGAGAAUGACAGACUACUAGUGUGCCAAAUGUGUAUCAAACUGGCUGACAUUAAUGGACCUCUCAAGUGCAAGGACCUGCACCUACAGUGGACAGAAGGCAUCGUCAAUGAGUUCUAUGAGCAGGGUGAUGAAGAAUCCAGUCUGGGCCUUCCCAUCAGCCCCUUCAUGGACCGCUCAGCCCCCCAGUUGGCCAAACUCCAGGAGUCCUUCAUCACGCACAUAGUUGGACCACUGUGUAGCUCUUAUGACUCAGCUGGACUCAUGCCUGGCAGCUGGGUUGAGCAAAGCCCAGGUGAGGAAGAUGAAGAUGAAGGGACUGUGGAAGAGAGUGAGGAAGAGGAGGAGGAUACAGCCGAGGAGGAUGCAUCUACGUGCUCAGAGAACUCACGAAAACAAGGUUCCAAGAGACAGAGGAAAGUCUUCUGUCAGAUCACUCACCACCUGUUGGAGAAUCACGAGAUGUGGAAGAAGGUGAUUGCAGAGGAGACAGUGAUGGAUGGGUCAGGGGAGGAGUCAAUCCGCCUCAACAAUCCAGCUGAGCCAAUCUGUGAAGAGGAGGAGGAGCUUGGGAGCAAAGAAGAGCCUGUAGAAGGGGAGGGGAAAGAGGAGGGGCCUGAGGAAGAGGAGCUGGAUGAAAUACCUCACCCUGCUGAAGCAGAGGAAGAACAGCAGGAGUGA